AUGAGAGGAAAAUGUAGUAUUUUGGCUUGUGUUUGGUUUGCACUCCUUGGAUCUUGUUUGGCGAGAUUUGUCGUUGAGAAGAACAGUUUGAAGAUAACAUCACCUGACUCGCUGAAAGGUGUUCAUGAAUGUGGAAUUGGGAAUUUUGGGGUGCCCGAGUAUGGAGGUACAAUGGUGGGAACUGUGUUGUACCCCAAAUCCAACCAUAAGGCGUGCAAGAGUUUCGACGAUGGCGAUGUUUCCUUCAAGCACAAGCCCGGUGGCAUUCCAAUUUUCCUGCUUGCCGACAGGGGAGAUUGCUAUUUCACGCUGAAAGCGUGGAAUGCUCAGAACGGUGGGGCCGCAGCCAUUCUAGUAGCAGACGAUAGAGUCGAGCCUCUUAUCACCAUGGACACCCCCGAGGAAGAAGACGCACGUGCAGAUUAUCUGCAGAACAUAACUAUUCCAUCUGCACUCAUUAGCAAGGAGCUCGGUGACAAAAUUAAAAACGAACUAGCUAAUAGCCGUAUGGUCAGCAUAAAUCUCGACUGGAGAGAAGCUCUCCCACACCCAGACGAGCGAGUUGAGUACGAGCUCUGGACCAACAGCAAUGACGAGUGUGGCCCCAAGUGCAAUGCCCAGUUGGAUUUCGUCAAGGAUUUCAAAGGGGCUGCCCAGAUACUGGAGCAGAAAGGAUACACUCAGUUCACCCCGCAUUACAUAACUUGGUAUUGUCCCGAGGCUUUUAUACUGAGCAAGCAGUGCAAGUCUCAGUGUAUAAACCACGGGCGGUAUUGUGCACCCGAUCCCGAGCAGGAUUUCAGCAGAGGGUAUGACGGGAAGGAUGUUGUCGAGCAGAAUUUACGCCAGGCGUGCUUUUUUAAGGUAACGAACGAGAGUGGGAAGCCGUGGCUUUGGUGGGACUACGUAACGGAUUUUUCAAUCCGUUGCCCGAUGAAGGAUAAGAAGUACACUGAAGAGUGUGCUAAUGAAGUCAUUCGGUCAUUUGGUGUUGAUGUAAAGAAAAUUGAUGAAUGUGUUGGAGACACCGAGGCAGAUGUCGACAACCCAAUUCUAAAAGCCGAACAAGAAGCACAGAUCGGGAAGGGCACACGAGGAGAUGUUACUAUCUUGCCAACUCUUGUUAUGAACAAUAGACAAUAUAGAGGCAAGCUGGACAAGGGAGCAGUUCUCAAGGCAAUUUGUUCAGGCUUUGAGGAGACUACAGAACCCGCAAUUUGUUUGACUAGAGAUAUAGAAACAAAUGAAUGUUUGGAGAACAAUGGCGGAUGCUGGCAGGAUGAGGCCACAAACAUAACUGCUUGCAGGGAUACUUUCCGAGGAAGGGUUUGCGAGUGCCCCAUUGUGCAAGGUGUGAAAUACAUUGGCGAUGGUUAUACUCAUUGUGAAGCUUCUGGUUCAUUGAGAUGUGAAAUAAAUAAUGGAGGAUGUUGGAAGGGGACAAAAGACGGAAGAACAUAUUCAGCAUGCAUUGACGAUCACACAAAAGGCUGCAAAUGUCCAGCAGGGUUCAGGGGUGAUGGAGUUAAUAACUGUGAAGAUAUUGAUGAAUGCAAAGAAAAGCUAGCUUGCCAGUGUCCGGAGUGCAAAUGCAAGAACACUUGGGGGAGUUUUGAGUGCAGUUGCAGUAACAACUUAUUAUACAUACACGAACACGACACGUGUAUAGGUAAAGAAUCUACUGCACGAUAUAGCUGGAGCUUUGUGUGGGUGAUUAUUCUUGGUUUGGCUUUAGCAGGAGUUUCAGGGUAUGCGCUCUACAAGUAUAGGAUCCGGAGAUACAUGGAUUCUGAGAUUCGAGCAAUCAUGGCGCAGUAUAUACCGUUGGACAAUCCAGGGGAAGUUCAUUCUUAA